AAUAGAAGAGUAAUUUAAGACUGUAGCUUUUCCCUGUUGGUGAAAUUUCAUGGUUUCAUUUUCUUUCAGCACUCAGCUCCAUAUAUGACUGACAUGGUCACACCCAUAGUUGGCUGCCUGACUGACCAAAACGCCAAUGUUCGUUAUGCUGCUGCCGAGUCUUUGUACAACGUUGUACGAGUGGCGCGCCAACAUAUCUUUCUUGUCUUUGAGGAGCUCUUUAGUGCCUUAACUGUUCUGAUCACAGACCCAGACAACCAUGUGAGGGUUGGUGCUGGUAUGCUGGACACCACAAUGAAGGAAGUCUUGAAGGAGUGCAGCUGUUCUCUUGAACUAUGUUUGCUCAUCGCGGUGAUCAGACCUAAGCUCACUACCACCAACUGCACUGUGCAAGUGUUGCUUGUGUCAUGGCUGUCUCUGCUUCAAAGCAUUCCAUCCUUGGAGCUGGUCCCUGUCCUCACUGAAAUUCUUGAUCCCCUCAUGAACAUCCUGUCCUCGAAACACAGCGAGGUCAUCAAAGAAGCUGACGCACUCCUCGUUUCUCUGUUGGAGAGCUGCCACCAUGACGCUGAAGCUGUCGACAGCCUGAGCCUGACUCCUGUGCUGCUGCAGCAUGCGCAGUCUGAUAACUUGUCGGCACAGUACAUGUCCCUGUCUUGGCUGAACGAACUGCUGGCGCUGGGAGGACGAUCUCUCCUACCUUACGCCGCACCGAUCCUCGCAGCCUCGCUACCCUGCAUUGAAGAGGCGUCCUCGUCCAACAAAACCAAAGAUGUGGCUAAAAAAGUUAGUGGAAAGGUUAUGACUUUAUUGGUGGCGGAAGACGAUGAUCAAACUACAGGUGGUGCAAAUAAAGCUGUCACUGAAGCUCCUGUGGACCUGCAGUCCAUUGUGGUGGAGUUGCUCAAGCAUCUGAGAGGUGACCACGAUGAGUGCAAAUUUUUAAUACUGCGCUGGCUGGGUUACUUGAUGCAGCUCUUUCCCAGCAUGAUGCAAGGAGAACUGGAACGAAUCUGCAGGGCAUUACUACCCGUAUUGAGAGACCGGUCAGAUGUGGUGGUCAGUAGAGUGCUGGUGUUAAUGUCAACUCUUGCUGUUGCACCAAAAGGCGAUCUACCUCUUGAGAGUGGAGACUCGCCUCCUCAUUUAGAUCACGUGCUCGAGUUACUCAUGGAAGCUUUUGGUUCGGACCGCCAGCUGCUGGAUGAGAGAGGCCAGUUGAUCCUCAGGCAGUUAUGUGUGCUACUGAGCCCCACGCAGGUCUUUGUGCGCAUCAGCAAAUUGUUGCAAAAAGGCAUCAAGACACAAAAUGCAGACUUCCACAAUAUGAUGGCGCACACCAUGGCAACGAUUCUCAUCACGAGCAAAGAACUUUUUCCAAUGCGUCUUCAACUCAGAAAGCUCGAAACGAAGGAAUGGUGUGAUGUUUUUGAAUCGCUCUUUAAAUGCUGGUGCCAUAAUCCUUUCAGCGUCAUUCUUCUUUGCCUUCUAAGUCAAAAUUACGAGCAGUCCGCUCAGCUCGUCGCUCUGCUGGGUGACGGAGAAGUCACGGUCGACUUUCUUGUUGAAGUCGACAAGCUUGUGCAGCUGCUCGAGUCACCCAUAUUUACGUAUCUGCGUCUGGAUUUGUUGAAGGGCGAUGACUCGAGCGAUGCCCUGCUGGAGACGUUGUAUGGGCUUCUCAUGAUAUUGCCGCAAAGUUCAAGCUACACGAAGCUAGCGACCCGCCUCAGCAAUUUACCUUCCCCACAGUUGAAGAAGCCCACCUUGCGGAGACCUCCUAACCAAAUAGACUUCGACGAACUAAUUAAGUAUUUUAAGUCUUUGCAUGAGAAGAAACGGGAAGAUAAACUUGUAGCUCUUGUGGCUGAGCUGCGCAGCCUGGCCAAUAAUGGCGACCUGUUGCAAGAACAACAAGGCCAUUCGUUAGCGUCGUAGUUGCGGCUUAUUUUUCAACCUUCUACAUUCCUUGAGUUUGCCAGUACUUUUUAUUCUUGGAACUAAUCCAUUGUGGUGCCGUGGCGAAAAUGACGGUCCUCACUUUUACUUGCUAUGUAUUCUGUCCAAUAUUACACGACGCUUUAUUUAUUCGUUUAUGUUACCAUUUUACUGAUCUUCUAUUAGCUAAAGCUCAGCUUUUUAAGUCGGUAUUUUAAAGCCUUUGCUCCAUUUAAUGCCAUGAAAGAUUACGGUACUUUUAAUUUUGUGUUACCAUUUCAAAUCUGUCUGUUCAUGAAUUUUUCACUUAUUAAGAUCUCUAAAAAAAUUAUCGAAACUUGGCAUCCGAAGCCUGGAUUGAAUUCUGGCAUUCAAAUUAAUAAUUCCUGUUUUUUAUGUGCGCUGAUAUUGGGUUUAAUCAUUCUCUGCUUGUAGGACGAGAUAUUAUUAUUAUAUCUUCCUUCGCCUUAAUAUAUUUGAGCUUCUUUAUUUAGAAAAAUUUCUGAAUUCUUCACUCAUGUAUUUCCUUAAUUAUUGUGUAACCAUCAUCUUUGAUCCUUACGCUUGGUAUGCGUUUGGUUAGACGCUCGUGCAUCAAUAGCAGUUCGGUUUAUCCGCCUUGAAUCUGCUACUGUCUGCGUUUAGAAAUUAAGCAAUAAACGUUUUCUUAAAGAUCUCCUUUUAUCGAAGCAGAAAAAGAAUGAAGAGUUUAGCUAACUUUUCUGUAUUUAUAUCUCGAAAUAAGUUCUGUAUUUAUUGAUGAGCCCAAAUUCUCUCUUGAAUAUGGAUUUAUUUGUUUAUGUAUAAAUAUUUUUUGGUAUUCAUGUUGAA